CUUGCAUUCACUUUUCCUCCACCAUAGAUCCACCAACCAGCACGAUGCAGCACAGCGAGAAACACAUUUUACACCAAACAGGAUCGCCACAGGAAGCUGCCGUUCUUCGCAGCAAAGUUAUCCAGGAAAACAACACAAAAACCAAGGACUGGCGUUCGCAGCGGAUUGAUCGGCAGUAACGAGGGAGUAACAGCCUCCGGUAGACGAUGAACAGUGAACCGUACAGAUGCAGAUACACAUGGACGGUGGAGGAAGGACUACCAGAGAAGCAAAUAAGCGUACAAGUGGGCGAAUCGGCCACACCGGAUUUGAUUCCGCUGGAUGAGCUGCUGGAUCUGGAAUCGUGUCUCGUACUCAGGGACAGUGAUGAUCGGAACGAGGCCUGUGAAAUGCAGCUGUCGUUUAUUCCGCUCUAUCUUCCCCGAGCCGUCUCGCUCGUGGUCGAGUGUCCCGUGAUAGAGUGUUACUACGGCCGGCUGAAUGAGUAUCUGCGGACGGUGCACGGUGAGCUGGUGUACACCCUGGGUGAGGUGAAGGUGUUCCGUUUCGACAUUCGCCUGGCCAACGACGAUAUCGACGAGUUGCAGCUUAAAUUCAUCACGCAAACGGCGCACCGCAAGCCUCUCUGUUUGUACGGAACACGAAUCUAUCUGGCCCGUAAUCCGAACCCAUUGCGCACGGUUAUGGCAGCCGCCACUAGUGGUCGCAUCAAUGUGGCAAAGGUUCAACAGCGGUUACAGAACACUGACCUUUCUUCUAGAGCUGAAAGCUGUAAACGAUUAGUGCUCGGCUCGUUGGCUUCGCCCAGAUCACAGAAUGCGGCUAACAAUAAUCCCUCUCCGUCGCCGAGUGGCGCACCACCGGAAGUUGGAACGAAACGUGACGAAGUGGAUAGCACACUGUUGAAUCUCUUCGGUAGAAUGCAAACCGUACCGUCCUCCGAAGGUGCAGCCACUGGUUCCGCUUUCACGAUGAUGGAAGCACUCAUGAAACAGUACAUAGACGCCAAGUUUGCAGAACUGGAACGAUUGUUUGAAAGUAAAAUGAGCGCCAUGGAACGGCGCCAAAGCGAUAAGCUUGAUCAAAUUCUGAUCCUACUGCAGCAGAGGCACUCCCUUCCCGAACAAACCACUCCCUCCGCCCCCGUGAUAUUGUCCACAGAAUGACAACGACGACGACGACGCGAUUUUUCUUGCGGUGGAUUUGCGAGAUAGCCAAUCGAUAGCUUAUCCACUCUUCUCCUCGUUUUAGCGCCUGUUCUGUUUGUGCGCAUCGAUUUUAUUCGUAUUAAAUCAGAUAGUUGUAAAUAACACUGACCCCCUCUUCUUAUUAGCGCUCUCGCUCGUAUCCAAUAAAGGCAAAACACAGUAUUGCCCGAAACAAUGUAGAGAUUAUGAGAGUGGGUUUGGGUGGGGUUGCAAGGUAGCUUUAGGAUGUUGAACUGGACAAAUUGCACACACAAACGCAGUUCGAGCCAGCUGCCAGUCGUCGUUGCAGAACGAGCGAAAACGCCACGAAGAAGUAUGAUAUAAUAAAUACGAAUAAUAAACAGAAGAGAAAAAAAAAAACGAUCUCACAAAUUCCAGGCUAUCCACCAGUC